GCGAGAGACUGAAUCCCACAGCACCAACAUUUUGAAGUUUGUUUGUAAGUUUUCACUUGGUACACUUUACAUUACUUAUGCUAUAAUAAACGACAGUCCGACAACGAUAGCUACACAAAAAAUGUCUCGAGAAUCUUUGGUCGUCAAGGAAGAGACUUCUCUACAGAAACUGCAGAAGAAACUGUCUACUUUGGUAGAGAAGGUCGAUAAGUUCACAGACAGCCUUGAUGCUAGCCAUUCUUUAUCCUCGCCUGAGAGAAAACAAGAUUACAAUGUAUGCGGCCGGCUGAUAAAAGACAUUGCCCUGCUGGAAAAUGAGCUGAAUUCACUUCAGAUGGACAAUGGAAAGCCUCCGAUCAAGAACUUUACCAACCAGAAGAAGGCCGAGCAAAAGAAGCUGAAUGAGUUAAAGUCUCGCAUUGAACGCAUCUCACAGCAGCUGGAACCUGACGAGGUCGAGGAAGACUACUUCAGGAAAGUGCAGGCGGGUCAAGUGUCCAACAGUGACCUCCAGUCUGGGUUAGACGAGGGCGAGGAAUAUGAGGACGACGAAGACGAUGACAGCGAAGAAGAUGAUGAGGAUGAGAAUGCCCUUCAUACUGACCAAGUCUCCAAGACUGUCGUAGUCCGUAAUGUAGAGGCUUUGAGUGAUUUUCCUGGAGAGCAGCAAGAAGACUUGCCCUUCAAAAAAGGAGAAGUGCUUAUCGUGAUAGAUCCGAGGGAGGAUGGCUGGUGGAUUGCGGAGAACUCGGUGGGCAAGAGAGGUGUCAUCCCAAAAACUUUAGUGAAGAUUGUCGGAAACGAAGACAAAGAACGGCAAAAGAAGGAGCUUGCGCAUGAUCAAGAAAAUGACCAAGUAGGUGACUUACCGCCAAGUCCUACACGCAGUGGGAAACAGCUUUGGAAUUCGCUCAAAAAAGGCAGCAAACAAGAGACAAGUGUGACGGAUGUGCUGAAGGUGAUGGGCGCAAUGCCUUCUGGGUUUAAAUCUACAACUCUUGGAAGAUUGGCCAAGGAAGAGCGCUUCAUGGUUAGCUCGUGGGUAGUACCCAAGCUCCGCGCAUCUCAUCUUGGAUUCCGAGACCUGGUCUGGGACCCAGUCAACAAACAGAUCGCUCCAUGGCCUGUCAAAGUCAACCGAGUCUUCACUGUUGUGGUAGCCCGCAAGAUCCCUCUGCCGGGUACAGGCGUGCAGGUGUUGUGUCGACACGUGCGGAUAGCCCUGUGGGACUGGAGACGUAAACAGAUUCUCAGUAACGUACACACCGUGCGGGCAACCACGACAGAAAAGGACCCCCUGACGUGGUCUUUCACAGCGAAGGCCGCCACAAGCAUGUAUGACGGGGAAGGCCUGGCACGUCUAAAUACAACGGAAGACACCGUAGCGUUACUGUUUGAGCUAGGCAUACUCUACUUAAGAACGUCCACUGGGGAGAGGAGCGAGGUUAGUUGCGGCUGGUGUAUUCUCAAGCUGUUCGAGGAGACGGGAACGCCUAUACCCAACAAAACAUUUGAGCUCCUGGUGCAUGGCGGGACACCUUAUGACGAAAACCUUACGGAUCUUGAUCAUACACUUAGCGUCCAAGAAAACACAAAUUUAUUCCAGUCCAUCGUCCGUACGAACAACCAGCCGCGGCUUUUCAUCAAGCUGACUUCAUCUAAUAAAGCGUCCAAAGACGUGCAGGACAAUCUUCCCGCGACCCUGUUGACGUGUAACCAGUACGUGCCGUUUAUCGCUCACUAUCGCCAGCUUGUGGGUGUGACGCUACUGGACGGUACCAGAGACACCUUUGAUGGGGAGUUACUCACGGAUCCGGUGAUCGCUUCUUUUCCCACUGCACUCCGCACUCCUGACGUCAUGGACACGCUCAAGAAACAAUGGGACGGAAGGAAAAGUAAAGAUUUGAACAGAUCCCAGCGGAAAAGCACAACUAUCGUGAAGAAUUUCUUCCGUGAGGUGUACAUGGAUAGUGUGUAUCCUGUCAUGAACUCAGCCAACCUAGCACCCUUCAUCUGGGGAGACGACAAAAGAGAGCGGGAGCGCCUUGCGUGGAUUCUGGAAUUCGAAAAUCGGUCAGUACUAGAAAAUCUCUUUUCCAGCGAUAGACUUCAUAAGCCGUUCAACAUGGAUAGAUUGACCUUUAACGUGCUUUCAAGGCAGUCGGUCAUGUAAAUGGACAGUCGGUCAUGUAAAUGGACAGUCGGUCAUGUGAAUGGACAGUCGGUCAUAUGAAUGGCCAGUCGGUCAUAUGAAUGGCCAGUCGGUCAUGUGAAUGGACAGUCGGUCAUUUGAAUGGACAGUCGGUCAUGUAAAUGGACUGUCGGUCAUGGGAAUGGACAGUCGGUCAUGUAAAUGGACAGUCGGUCAUGGGAAUCGACAGUCGGUCAUGUAAAUGGACAGUCGGUCAUUUGAAUGGACAGUUGGUCAUGUGAAUGGACAGUCUGUCAUGUAAAUGGACAGUCGGUCAAGUGAAUGGACAGUCGGUCAUGUGAAUGGACAGUCUGUCAUGUAAAUGGACAGUCGGUCAUGGGAAUGGACAGUCCGUCAAGUGAAUGGACAGUCGGUCAUGUGAAUGGACAGUCGGUCAUGUAAAUGGACAGUCGGUCAUGUAAAUGGACAGUCGAUAGUGUGAAUGGGCAGUACCGAACCUCCGAGAACCGAGGACAGACCGCAAUUCAACAGAAGGGUUGAAAAACCAUCAGGAAUACAAAAGCACGAAAGUGUGAAAAUGGGCUAAAAGCCUCUAAAACCUGGCGCUAGGUGGGUAUGCUACAGGCGUGAUAGAAAGCGUCAUUAUCCGACCGCGUAUACAAGACCAGUAUUUGGAAAGCUGGCUACAAACCUACAAACUCGUCAAGGAAAAGUCGAAGGAAGAUCGAAGGUUUAUCGGACAAUUGGUGUGGGGACUCAAGGCUUAAUGCCCUCUUUUACGGAGUUACGGUUUUAAGGACGUUGAGUUGAAAUCUGAUACUUGAUCGGUUCGUAAAUCAUCAUCCGAUACCUGAUCAUGACAAAUACAUAAGGACUCGCCGGUCAGAAGUGAAUCUCAUCGUUUGUACAAAGUAGACAAGCAUGCGAAAGCGGGCUGGAAUCGUUUUCCGUUAUCCGGACAAAUCAAAGGAGUUAUGUGGCUAAAUGCUAACGUAUCAUUCCUUGGUCGCUUGUGUACCCACCAGGGAUUCAUUCUCGCAUAAUCAAUGAGCUCAAUGGACAUUAUGAAGGACUUUUAAGUCCUUCAUAGUAUUAAAAUACUCCUCGGGCUACUUUCUGGUGUCUAAAGUGUUCCCUGUGCUUUACGAUAAACCUUAAAGAAGUGUAGGGUCUGGAACGAGGACUCGUGUGACGUCAUAUCUAUUAACCACCACAGGAGACCCGAUCGGUGUGUGAGGAGAGCAAGGCACUGUGUGUGAAAGGACAAUUCUAAGCCUGUACAAAAGGAGAAAAUUUAGAAAUGUUUUACAUAACUACGAGGUAUAAUUCCAGGCCCAAAACGCUGGAACUGUGGAUUUGGAAUCACACCGUUCACAAUAAAUGAACACACUAUAAGAACAACUUUCAUAAUAUAAAACAAACAAAGCAAAACUGAUGUUUUAUACACUUGUUCGUCAGAUCCAUCUGUAAAUAAUAACGUGAAAAUAUAUAAUUUAUAGCAA